AUGAGGGGUGUUUUGGUUGUUGCAUUAUUUUUCCUAUACUGUGGAGUGAUUACUUCAGAAGCCGAUGACAAGAUAUACAAAUGCCCAACCUGUAAAGGCAUAGACUGUCUCCUACAUAAAGAAUCUGUAGCCUGUGGUGAGGACAAUCCAGCUUUUCUUGGCCACUUGGAGGACUUGAUUGAUCAGCAAGGAAAACAUGCUCACUACAUGUGCAUAUCUCUGGUCUAUAAGGAAAUACCUGUGAAGCAGUGCAUACGGACCACCAGUAAUGAUGCCUGCAAAAAUCUGAAACAUCAUGAUUCGAUGGUUCUAUCCUGUUCAUUGAGUGAACCAGAAAUUGAAGAAAUAGCUUCAGCACACCGUUCAAGGUCCACGUCUGCAGCGACAAGCAGGAAACCAACUUCUAAAGCAAAAACUACAACUCCAAGGCCGCCGAAGACUUCAACAGCAAAACACACAACAACUCGCCGUUCAACCACUUCAAGGCACACGUCUGCAGCGACAAGCAGGAAACCAACUUCUCCAGCAAAAACUACAACUCCAAGGCCGCCGAAGACUUCAACAGCAAAACACACAACAGCUCGCCGUUCAACCACUUCAAGGCACACGUCUGCAGCGACAAGCAGGAAACCAACUUCUCCAGCAAAAACUACAACUCCAAGGCCGCCAAAGACUUCAACAGCAAAACACACAACAGCUCGCCGUUCAACCACUUCAAGGCACACGUCUGCAGCGACAAGCAGGAAACCAACUUCUCCAGCAAAAACUACAACUCCAAGGCCGCCAAAGACUUCAACAGCAAAACACACAACAGCUCGCCGUUCAACCACUUCAAGGCACACGUCUGCAGCGACAAGCAGGAAACCAACUUCUCCAGCAAAAACUACAACUCCAAGGCCGCCAAAGACUUCAACAGCAAAACACACAACAGCUCGCCGUUCAACCACUUCAAGGCACACGUCUGCAGCGACAAGCAGGAAACCAACUUCUUCAUCAAGAACUACAACUCCAAGGCCGCCAAAGAUUUCAAUAGCAAAACACACAACAGCUCGCCGUUCAACCACUUCAAGGCACACGUCUGCAGCGACAAGCAGGAAACCAACUUCUCCAGCAAAAACUACAACACCAAGGCCGCCAAAGACUUCAACAGCAAAACACACAACAGCUCGCCGUUCAACCACUUCAAGGCACACGUCUGCAGCGACAAGCAGAAAACCAACUUCUCCAGCAAGAACUACAACUCCAAGGCCGCCGAAGACUUCAACAGCAAAACACACAACAGCUCGCCGUUCAACCACUUCAAGGCACACGUCUGCAGCGACAAGCAGGAAACCAACUUCUCCAGCAAAAACUACAACUCCAAGGCCGCCAAAGACUUCAACAGCAAAACACACAACAGCUCGCCGUUCUACCACUUCAAGGCACACGUCUGCAGCGACAAGCAGGAAACCAACUUCUCCAGCAAAAACUACAACUCCAAGGCCGCCAAAGACUUCAACAGCAAAACACACAACAGCUCACCAUUCAACCACAGAGGAGCCCUAAACAACGGAAAUCUUCAUCAGCAAAACAUUGAACUGGUCGACUUUCAGUAUCGGAUUCUUCAGCACGACAACCUUCAACAACUCAGCAUUUCACAUCAGCAGAUCGCUGUUCACGGCUGCCUACUAAAAUGUUAUUUAACGAGGAUAUGAACAAUACUGCCAAAGAUACAGUGAAUGGUUUUGCCACUAUUUCAGUAAUGUUUUUGCUCCACCUGGUUCAGAAGGUUGUAGUGUAAAUGAUGAUACUGUGUGUAACCAUUAUGAAAUAAACUUAUUUCAAAUCCCUGAA